CGGCUUUACAUCAGAAUGAGAUAGUACAUGGAUCUACUGAAACGGUUCAUGUACCUACGGUACCAACAACAGCUGUGAUUAAUAAUAAUAAUAGAAUGUACAAUAAUGCAGAUGAAGGCGAAGGAGAAUCGAAAACAUUUGGAAAAUUUCUAAUUGGUUUAUCAUGGGUGUUAAUUUUCUUAACAAUGCCAUUUUCAUUGUUAAUUUGCUUUAAGGUGGUGCAGGAGUAUGAGCGAGCCGUCAUAUUUCGUUUAGGAAGACUGUUACCUGGCGGUGCGCGAGGACCUGGAAUAUUUUUUAUAUUGCCAUGCGUUGAUUCAUAUGCGCGUGUUGAUUUACGUACACGAACAUAUGACGUACCCCCGCAAGAGGUAUUAACAAAAGAUAGUGUAACAGUAUCAGUAGAUGCUGUUGUAUAUUAUCGUGUAUCAAAUGCAAUUAUAUCAAUUGCAUGCGUUGAGAAUGCACAUCAUUCAACACGUUUAUUAGCACAAACAACCUUACGGAAUACAAUGGGCAAACGUCCAUUACAUGAGAUAUUAAGUGAACGUCAAACAAUUAGUGGUAAUAUGCAAGUAUCAUUAGAUGAGGCGACCGAAGCAUGGGGUAUUAAAGUUGAACGUGUUGAAAUAAAAGAUGUUCGUUUACCUGUACAAUUACAACGUGCUAUGGCAGCAGAAGCUGAAGCAGCACGUGAAGCACGAGCAAAAGUUAUUGCUGCUGAGGGUGAACAGAAAGCAUCACGUGCCUUACGUGAAGCAUCCGAAGUGAUUGGUGAUUCACCAGCUGCAUUACAAUUGAGAUAUUUACAAACUUUGAAUACAAUAUCAGCGGAGAAGAAUUCAACAAUUGUAUUCCCAAUUCCUAUUGACAUGGUCACGUAUUUUAUGAAAGCAUCAGCAGAAAAGAUGAAUAUCAAGAUGUAAAUCUACAUUAAUCAGUUCAUUUUUGACACAUCAUUACGCAAAGAUAUAUGCAGAUUACACUUCCUUUGAAAAUAUUUGCAACAGAUAUGAUAUAUAAGAUUUUUAGAAGAUUAGCAAGAAAAAUAGCAAGAUUAAAAUCAAAUAAGAUCAAGGCUCAAUAUAUGGCAGAUGACCAACAUAAGAUGGAUACUUACUUAUUGUUGAAUUAUAAUUGAAAUUUAACAAGGACUUUGUGUUUUAUCAAAAAAUUGCUCACAGAGUUGUCAUCUUUCAAUUCUCAAACCCACUAAACAGACGAUAGAAAACCUAUAAAAAACCACUAGAUAGCAGCGUUACCAGAAUAUAUUUCUAGAAACCGUAAUAAACUUUCAAUAAUUAGCUGAAAUGAUUUGAUAAUGUUAAAUUACUUGCCCACUAAAGAAAGUGCAAAAAUCACUAAUUU